UUUUAUUGUCUUAAUUUUGUUCCUUCUUUUUUGUUUAGUUUUGUAAAUAUUAUUUUAAAUUAAAUUAUUAUUUAUUUUGGGCCAUUCAUUCCCAAAUGUGUACCAUAUUUUUGUGUUCUCAACCCUUAAAUUAUUUGUAAAUGACCACAGCUUCGGAGGACUUGAAAUUGAACCCUUUGUGGGUUUACAGGUUCUCAAACUACACCAAUGAAUCUUCCGGAGUUUCUGCCGACGAACUCCUCAAGACUUGGAACAUUCAUCCUCAUCUUAGGAAUGUCAUUAAGGAAAAGAGGAUAAAACGGUUUUUUCCAGUUCAGGAGAAAUCUAUCCCUCUAUUGCUAAACAACACUUAUAGAGAUAAAUAUUCAGUUUUAUCCUGUGACUUUAUUAUAACAGCUCCAACAGGACAAGGGAAAACGCUCUCAUAUGCAUUACCAUUACUUAACAAUAUCUUAAAUCUCAAAGAGAACAAAUUACUGACUCUUAUUAUUGUACCAAGUAGAGAACUGGUAAAGCAAAUUUAUGAAGUUUUUUCAUGGUUCAUCGAUUCCAGCAAUUCUACGUAUGAUCUUAAAGGCUCCCUCCUAAAGGCUAGAGUGUUUUAUGGAGAUCGCUCUUUUGUAAAGUCCCAUGAUUUGUUGGUUCAUGACCCUCCACAUAUCGCAAUUUCCACUCCAGGAGUACUCGUGGAAUAUUCCGUUGACUUCCAGAAGAAUGAGUUUUACAAGACGUUUGAGCAUUUGAAGUGGAUUGUGGUUGACGAAGUUGACACCAUGUUGAAUCAGAGCUUUUAUGAGUGGGUAGAUGUUGUAGUUGACUUGGUUAAUAAACUUAAAUCAAAGGAGCCAAACCAGAGCCUAGCAUUACCACAAAAAAUACUCGUCUCAGCCACUGUUCCACUUAAAUCCCACGAUAUCGAAUUACUGGAGCUAAACAGACCUAUUCUACUCAGACUAAAGGAGAGUAUUUACAAGUUGCCAGAAAAUCUAAGACAGAGCUACGUAGUGUGUUCAAACAGGCCUGUACCACUGGAGUUUCUCAAACUUAUGGCGUAUUUGUACCAGGAAGUAACUGGAAAUGUUUUGGUAUUCUUCUCAAAAGUAGAAAUUUGCCAUAAAAUAUCAAGAUUGAUGCAAAUAUACAACCUCAAACAUGGCGGAGGAUUUAAGGCUACUGAACUAACAGGAAGAAUGUCCCAAAAACAAAGAAAUAACGCUAUUAAAACAUACAAGGAAGAGGAUAGAGUUUGUUUGUUGUGUUCAGAUGUGGCUUCAAGGGGAAUGGACCUUUCAAACACUAAGGUGGUAGUCAGUUAUGACUUCCCAAAUAAACUCUCAAGUUAUAUUCAUAGGGCAGGAAGAACAGCAAGAGGAAAUAAAAGGGGGACAUUUUGUGUGUUUGUGUCCAACAAGACUGAGAAAAAGUUCCACAAUUUCAUGAAUAAGCUGAAGAUUAAUGAGGAGAAAUUACAAAAAAUCGAGCUAGAUGUAGUUUUGAGUAAGAAGAAAGUGGAAGAAAUAAGUGAAUCAUACAAGUUAAUUCUUGAAAUGACGGAAAAAGCGUUAGAAUUGGAAGCAUCAGGAAAUUUAGAAUACGGAUCAGAUUUAAGUGGAAGCCUUGAGUUACUUAAGCCAGUCCCUGAAAGGGAAGAAUGAGAUCUAUCAGGUGUAAUAUAAUUUUUUAAUUUUCA